GACCGCAUCCCGACCGGACUCACCUGAGCCCUGGCAGGGGCUAGGGUCUCUGAGGAGCUGACAGCCCAGCUUCUUGUGGUCCAUGAAAGCGGUGAUGGCCUCCAGCGGGAAGGUCUGCCGGCAGCGGCCGCAGCCAGGACUAUGCAGACUCCACUGACCAUUCCUGUGCCUGUGCUCCGCCUCCCCCGGGGCCCUGAUGGCUGGAGCCGAGGCUUUGCCCCCGAUGGACGCAGGGCCCCCCUGAAGCCAGAGGUUCCUGGAAUCCCAGAGUCUCCCGGAGUUCCAGAAUCCCAGGAAUCCCAGGAACAGCGGGCCCGAGCCGCCCUUCGGGAACGCUACCUCCGCAGCCUGCUGGCCAUGGUGGGCCGCCAGGUGAGCUUCACAUUGCACGAGGGCGUGCAUGUGACUGCCCACUUCGGAGCCACUGACCUGGACGUGGCCAACUUCUACGUGUCGCAGCUGCAGACUCCGAUAGGUGUGCAGGCUGAGGCGCUGCUCCGGUGUAGCGACAUCAUUGCAUACACCUUCAAGCCCUAAAGACAUUAUUAUGUUCUGCCUUGGGCCUAGCCACAAUGUCCCGGGCCUCCGAAUGAUCCUGAGCCCAGAACAACAGGCCCCAUAGAGUUCUGAACUCCUUCAGCAUUUUGAACCAAGCUCCAAGCAACCGGUUUCUUGGAUCCUCCAGGGUCUAGUCAGUAAAAUUCUGCAACCCCAGGAGCUCCAGAUCGUGUUGAAAGGGAAGCUCUACCUCACAGAACUCUAAACUGGACAGAAACAUGGGCCUCAUGCCAAACCCUGAGGACUGGGGAGGCGGAGGGGGACUGCGGGAAGGCAAAUGGCAGAGUGGUUAAUUGUUGAUUAAGGAAGUUACAAAGUUCAGCCACCCUGAAGAUGCUCCCCAAUACUCCCCUCCUGCCAAAGAACCAAUACUCCCAGGAAAA